AUGAGGGUCUUGGCCUGCCUUUUCGCGGCUCUGAUGGGGAUCCAGGCUGUUGAGCGGCUGCGUCUGGCUGACGGCCCCCACGGGUGUGCGGGCCGCCUGGAGGUGUGGCACAGCGGCCGCUGGGGGACCGUGUGCGACGAUGGAUGGGACCUGCGGGACGCCGCCGUGGCCUGCCGGGAGCUGGGCUGCGGGGGCGCACUGGCUGCCCCUGGAGGUGCCUUUUUCGGGGAGGGCGCAGGACCUGUGUGGCUGAGUGAGCUGGCCUGCCGGGGCAGCGAGGGGCAGCUGGGGCUCUGUCCCCACCGCGGCUGGAAGGCCCACAUUUGCUCCCACGAGGAGGACGUGGGCGUCGUCUGUGCAGGUCAGCGUGUGGCCAACUCCAGAGACGGGGAGGAUCCGACUUCCAUCCUGGAGGGGGACCUCUGGCCAGGACUGUCUGGGGAGCUGAGCCCUGGCUCUCAGGAGCCUCCCGUGACCCAUGCCCCCCGCCCAGCCGGGACCCCACAGAACAACUCCAGGAAGAAGAGCCCGCGGCCAGUCAAGCAGCCCAAAUCCACCAGGGCCCCCAUGCUGACGGCUGGAGCCCCCCGACAGGAGCGGCUGCGCCUCGUCUCAGGCCCCCACGGGUGCUCCGGGCGCCUGGAGGUGUGGCAUGGCGGCCGCUGGGGGACCGUGUGCGACGACGGAUGGGACCUGCGGGACGCUGCCGUCGCCUGCCGGGAGCUGGGCUGCGGGGGUGCACUGGCCGCCCCCGGAGGCGCCAGAUUUGGCCCGGGCUCGGGGCCUGUGUGGAUGGAUGACGUGGGGUGUGGAGGCGGGGAGCAGGCUCUGCGGGACUGUCCCCGGAGCCCCUGGGGUCGGAGCAACUGUGACCACAGCGAGGACGCAGGGCUGGUCUGCACUGGCCCAGCCCCCCGGCUGCGUCUAGCUGAUGGACCCCACGGGUGUGCAGGCCGCCUGGAGGUGUGGCACAGCGGCCGCUGGGGGACGGUGUGCGACGAUGCCUGGGACUUGCGGGACGCCACUGUGGCCUGCCGGGAGCUGGGCUGCGGGGGCGCGCUGGCCGCCCCCGGGGGUGCCUUCUUUGGGGAAGGGGCUGGACCCAUCUUCCUGGAUGACCUUCGGUGCCGGGGUAACGAGACAGCCCUGCGAUUCUGCCCCGCACGGCCCUGGGGCCAGCAUGACUGUCACCAUCGGGAGGACGCCGGGGCUGUGUGUGAUGGUAUGCCUCUGGGGUAUGUCCCCCCCACGGCCCCAGCAGCAGACAGCAACCGCUCUUCGUCCCAGGAGGCAGUGUCCAGGCCCCCGGCCCCCACAGGGAGCCUGUCCCUAGGCACAGCAGACAUCCCACCUCCUCCUGCCUCCCCCACUGUGCCUCGGGAGACUGGCCCGGAAGCUGGGUCCCCCCAGCUGCGCCUAGUGGCAGGACCCAGCAGGUGUUCGGGCCGGCUGGAGGUGUGGCACAACGGACGCUGGGGGACGGUGUGUGAUGACAGCUGGGACCUGCGGGACUCAGCCGUGGUCUGCCGGGAGCUGGGCUGUGGCAGAGCACGGCAGCAGGACCCUGCGGCUGGCCGCUUCGGCUGGGGGGCUGGCCCCAUCUGGCUGGAUGACGUGGGGUGCUUGGGGACCGAGGCCUCACUCUCAGAAUGCCCCGCUUCACCCUGGGGGAAGCACAACUGUGCUCACAAUGAAGAUGUUGGAGUCUCCUGCACUGACACUCCUGGCCUGGACUCCAUCUCAGACCCCUUCAGCUGGAGCUGGAUCCCUGGCCUGGGUAGAGAUCCGGAUGCCUGGCUCCCUGGGGAGCUGACCACCAAGCCCCCAGCAAAGCUGACCCCCAGUGUUCCUGAGAAAACCACCACCAAAGCCCCAGGGAAAACCCCCAAGGGUACUAAGAAGUGGGUGACCAAAAAUGCAAGGAGACUGACCACUCAGCCCCCCGUGAUUCCAACCACUAAACACUCCAGGGUCCUGGGCACCCAGAGGCCCCCUGAACUGACCUCACGGACCACCACGACUCUGACCACUGAGGCCUCCCGAAGAACAGUUUCUGAGUCUACCGCCAGGUUGAGCACUGAAGUCCCCCACAGGAUGACCUCACAUACUACUGCAACACGGACUCCCCGGGCCCCCCGAGAACGGACUGCCAAGACCGUGGCAACACCGACCACUCAAAGCCCCCGAGAAAUGACCUCUGAGGCCACAGUGGAGCGAAUCCCUCUGGCCUCCAUGGAGCCAUCCGCUGAGACCCCAACACAAGGUUCUCCAGACUCUUCCAAAGACCCAGCCCCCUCCCCCACUGGGAGCACCGCUGGGGGAUCAGGCCCGUUCCGGGUGCGUCUGGCCGAUGGGCCCAACCGGUGUGCUGGCCGGCUGGAAGUGUGGCAUGCUGGGCGCUGGGGGACAGUGUGCGAUGACAGCUGGGACCUGCGGGACAGUACCGUGGCCUGCUGGGAGCUGGGCUGCGGAAGGGUCCGGUCCCGAGUGGGCAAAACCCACUACGGCCCCGGGACCGGUCCCAUCUGGCUGGAUGACGUGGGCUGCAAGGGAAUCGAGGCCUCCCUGAGUGACUGCCCUGCUGGGGCGUGGGGCCAGCACAACUGUGACCACGAGGAAGACGUGGGGCUCACCUGCACUGGCCACGCCGAUGAGGAUGAUUAUCCCCCCUGGACGUGGGAUCCCACCUCUGGAGAGGACCUGGCCAAGCUGACCACCACCGCAGGGGUACCUGGACACACGCUGUCCUGGGGCACCACCAAGAGCCCAGGGGCCCCGUCUCCGGCGACAAGGCGUCUUCCGGACACAGGUGAUGAGGAUAGUUACGAGCCUUCCUGGACGUGGGAUACACCUUCCGGAGGGGCUCUGCCAGAGGGGACACCCACUGCAGGCAGACCUGGAUCCACUCUUACCACUGCUACCACCCGGAGUCCAGGCCGUCCCUCUCCAGCUCCAAGGAUCCGUGGAGACACAGGUUCCCUGAGGAAACCGUGGCUGGAGCGUCGGCUGCAGCGCCCCACAGCGGCCAGGACAGCGCCCCCUGCCGCUUCCCCAGCUCCGUCAGCCUCGCCAGAGCCCCCUGGCCCACCGGUGACCCCCGACUCUGCGCCAGGGCUCAUUCCUGAGGCAGCUUCAAGGCGAGGGGUGACCUCUGACCCUCCUGACACUUCUUCGCCGCCCAGCCCAGACCUAGCCUCGCAGAUGAACUCGGACCUCCCUCUGACAACCCCUGGCCUCACUCUGUCCACCCCUGAGGGCGCUGUGACUCCAGCGCUGACACCUGAUCUCUCACCCACCCCACCACCCACCUUGCCCAAAGAACUGACCUCUGACCCCUCUGCACCGGCAGUGGUGACCCAUCUUUCUUCUACCUCAGAGUUGACUCCAGAAUCUGACACAACCCCAAACUUGGGCACAGCUCCAUAUGCCAACACAUUUCCAGAUCAUUCCAAAUCCCCAGACUCCUCCACAAACCCCCACCCUACUAGCACCCCUCACUCCACUUUGACCUCUCAACCCACGACCACCCCUCAUUCCGCCACAACCCCACUACUCACCAUGACCCCACAACCCACCACACCCCCUCAACCCACCAUAUCCCUUCAACCCAACACAUCUGUUCAACCCACCACAACCCCGCAGGCCACCACAACCCUUUACCUCACCGCAACCCCUCAUCCCACCACGACCCCUCAGUCCACUGCCGCUCCACCCACCACAACCCCUCACCCUAUCACAACCCCUUACCCUGCCACAACCCCUCACCCCACCAUGACCCUUCAUUCUACCACCUCCACUCACCCCAGCAUGACGGCUGACCCUACCUCAACCCCUAUGAUCACUACCAAGUCCAUUCUAACUUCCUCGGGAACAGAACUGUUCUCUCCCACUCUAGCACCAACAGUCAAGUCUAGCCUACACCCCUGGUUGACCUCCACGGGGUCUUCUCAUCUCUCUACAUCCAAGAUGGCCAGCCUAGUGCCUUUUCCAACCUCGGAGUCCAGCCACUCCAGGCCUUCUCCAGCUCCAAGCGUGGACACUCUGUCCACUGAGGACUUCGAACCACCAAGAAGCCAGAGCCCCAAACCAAGCCCACCACCCACACAGACCCCACACUCAGCCUCUGACCCCACAGUGACCUCUGACCUCCACCUGUCUUCCAUGGCCCACCCCUUGGGUCAACCUUUCCCUGACCAUCUCACCCCAAGGCCAACCCCUGGUCAGAGCCCAGACCCCCUUGGCCCAUGUGUGGCUCCAACACCACCUGUAAGGGUCAUGGCUUGUGAGCCGCCUGCCCUGGUAGAGCUGGUGGCUGCUGUGAGGGACGUGGGUGGCCAGCUGCAGAGGCUGACCCAGGUCCUGGAGCAGGAGCAGCAGGAGCGCCAAGCCCUGGGACUGGGGCUGACCCAGCUGGUGGAGGCCACCCAGAACCUAGGGCAACUGGGUGAGGUUGUAAAAAGACUGGCUGAGGGGGCCUGGCCCCCCAGCACCUCUGCACCAGCUACCACCACCCCAGAGGAGGAAGAAAGGCCUCUGAGGGGAGAUGUAUGA